AGCUGGGGCUUUUUUACUGAGUCCUUUUAAAAGGCAGCUGGGUGGGCUGUUUUUCACCCUGUAUUGCAGAGCUGAGAUUAGAGAAAAUAAAGCAUUGCUUCCUAGCUAGACCCUAGCAAGAUUGUAUCACCAUGGCACAGAAAAUACCAAGUCUCUUCCAUGCUCCAUGGGCUCAUCUUCUCUCCAGGACAAAGACUGGAGUGGUUGCUACAGAAUUUCAGCUUCUGCUCGGAGAUACUAUUGAAGUGAAGGGGAGGAUCUUGCGAGAUGCAAAAAGUUUUGCUGUGAAUCUGGGCCAAGAUCGUGACAACCUCGUUCUUCACUUCAACCCCUGCUUUCUCAGCCAGACCGAGGCUGGCGCCAUUUCGAACACCAUUGUGUGCAACUCCUUGGAAGAUGGGGUGUGGGGGGAAGAGGAGAGAUUAACCGACUCCCCCUUUAAGCAAGGUGACAAAGUUCAGCUUUCCUUCACCUUCCUUUACUCCGAGAUCAAGGUGCUGGCUGAGGGUCACGAGUUUUCCUUCCCAAACCGGCUGGGCCUGAAGACCAUCGAGUACAUUGCGGUGGAAGGAGACUUCAAAGUCAGAGUUCUCAGAUUCCUUUAAUCUUGUCCUGUCCAUCCGUGGUCUUGUAACGUGUCUGAAUAAAUUCCACUGUGUUCCAAG